AUGAAACGAGUCUCGCCCGACACCCUCGAAAACUUCGUCUUCAGCUCGCUCAAGCUGUCCACAACCGCUUCUCUCAUGCGGAGAGCGGCUCUCAGACGUCGAACGCCCGUUUCGGAGACAUCGGCGGUCCGACGACUCCCACUCCUUCUCAACAUGCCCCUAGAGGGCUGCCUGGGAAAUCGCCUGGGAACUCGUACUGAAGUUGGUGUUGGAGGGGCAGUGUUGCCGGUCCCACGACCAAAGGGUCGGCUCACCUCGGUUGACAGGGGUGGCCAGAACAGUCAGGUCCCCGGUUCUGUUGGUCCGGCCAACAACCCGGCCUUCGGACCUUGUCCGAAUGGCCAUGACCCUGCUCUCGACGAGUUCACAUUGGCCCCCGGCCAGAGCAUGCACCAUGUCUCACUUGCAUCCUCAAGCAGCAACAUUCAUGGCAAAGUUCAUGGUCGCCGCGAGACCAAUCUGAACCCCAGGACUGGUGGCUUGAAGACAGAGGUCAAUGCAGAAAACAUCUGGAACGCCACAUCAACCUCGGCGAACGAUAAUCACAACUUCUCCAAAUCCAUCAAUGUACAAGGCUCACAGAGAUGGCCACCUGCCCCAGGAUUCGGCAGUGAGUACAUCCAAGGGUACAGCUUUCCCGAAGGCCUAGCCCAUGGUCUCCCCAACCAUGGCCUCCCCAGCUUUCCUGAUAACCAGGCUGUCGGCCCAUCCUUCGAGUUCGGUUCGGCGACGGGCAGCGUACCCAACGUCGACAGCUCUUCCUCGUCCAGCGGCCGAGUGAACGGAGAGUUGGAAGCUCUCCGAGCACUUCCUUCGGCAGCUUUUCGUCCUCCAUUGGACACCAAGACAUGA